ACGUGACUGCAACCCAUCCGUGCCGACCCUUUGUUGUUAGGAUUUUAGGCAACGGGAAUUGCGUUAUUGACCCGAUACGAAAGGAUUGCAAAAAGCUGCAAACGGCACGGCUGAAGAAGGACUUCUAAAGGACGGAAAACACUCGAUGCGCAGUUGGAUCGGUCUCCUCGGAGUUGGAUAAACCAGCAAAAUAGAUGCGCGAGAGAUGCACACAAAGACAUCCGCGAGCUAUAACUGAGGCACGCACGAGCUCAAUGCAGCACACACGCACAUACAACAGGAAAGCCAUGCAAAUGUGCUCAUAAUCGAAAUGCGCGAUUGUUUUUAACCGGAGUGAUGCUUGCGAGGCUCGAUCUGCCUUCCUGGGACACAAACGUGUUUUAAAAGGGGACCGCAUCAUCCAAAGGUCGCUGGUCUUUUGUUAACCGGUAUCUUUAUUUAACAGGUCAAAGCGGAGAUAUAGACUGCUGUUGCAUUGCAUCAUGUUGGUGGGCAGUGGGCUCCUAAGGUGGACCGGACCAGAACUGUCUUUUUUCUGCCUGCUGACCAUUGCCCUCAGCACUGUUUUGGGAUCUGUCCAAUCGUCCAACCCUCAAAACACUGACUGUGCGUCCGGUAGAGGCAAAGGUUGUUUAGCAGAUUUGUCAGAAAAGAAGAGUGACUUGCGUGUGUGUGAUGCUACUACGUGCCGUUAUGGUGGGACCUGCCAAAACAAUGGUGCUGACCUUAAAUGUGUAUGCCAGUUUCAGUGCCCUAAGAACUACAUCCCCAUGUGUGGUUCUAACGGAGACACCUAUCAGAAUGAAUGCUAUCUGAGACAGGCAGCCUGUACCCAGCAGAGACCCAUUUCUCUGGCCUCUGAGGGCAACUGCUAUCCUGAUAGCAGCUCGGGAUCUGGGGAUGGAGAAUAUGAGGGAUCAGGGACAGAUUCAGUCAAGAAAGUCACAAAAUGCAGCAACUGCAAGUAUGGCGCAGAGUGCGACGAAGACGCAGAGGACGAAGACUCUUGUUCGUGUAAAAUCGACUGCAGUGGGCAUAAUGAGAAUCCAGUGUGCGGUACAGAUGGAAACUCGUACCACAACCCCUGCCUCGUGCGAGAGGCUUCCUGCAUGAAGCAGGAACAGAUAGACGUGAAACAUCUGGGGAGAUGCCCAGAUAAAGACAAAGGCAAAAAAACUGAUGUUGGAAUUCCGUACAAGCCUGAAUUUACAGACCCAGCAAAAGCCGGUGAAGGAAAAGGAUACGGUUGGAUGCCUGUCCCCUGCACAGACGACUACGCCAACUUCUGCGUUCACGGCCAGUGUGAAUUUAAUUAUGGUAUUGCCUCCUGUCGGUGUGAUUCAGGCUACACGGGGACACAAUGUGAGGAGAUUGCGGACUUUAACAUCCUGUAUGUGGUACCCAGUGGUCAGAAACUUCAUUAUGUGCUUAUAGCUGCUAUCAUUGGAGCUGUGCAGAUUGCCAUUAUUGUGGCAGUUGUCAUGUGCAUUACCAGGAAAUGUCCUAAGAAUAAUCGUGGAAGACGGCAAAAGCAGAACUUGGGACAUUUUUCCUCAGACACCUCUUCAAGGAUGAUGUAGCUUGUUUUUAUUUUUUUUUAUAUACUUUUUGUACCAAGUGGAUUACAGUUUUAAUGUGCUUUUUUUUGUUCUGUGCUUUCUUGACUCUGGACAAUAAGGUUAUUUUUUAUUCAAUUUUGUUGAUUAUUUUAAUGGAUGGUGCCUUAUUUUUGUUUUUCAGGACAUUUUAGGUACUUUAUGUCAGUGGUAAACACUGUCAAAUGAAUGAUAAAAGCCAGCUCCUUUUUGUCGAGUUUGUUUUUCACGUAUUGUUAAAUGUAACUCUCUGCACACAAACUGUACCACAAAAAUGGAGAUCCUGGAUUUUCUUGGAAUGGAAUGUGCUUCUAACUGACUAAAUAUUAUAACUCUGUCUUUAACCCCCUUUUAAUUUUUUUUUUAUUUACUUAAAUCAAACAUAGCUGAACACCAAAUGUAAUUGGACAUGAACAAGUGCGCCGACAAAGUGAUGACGUUUACAUUUUGUUUUGAGAGGAAUUCCAGAGAAUGAAAUGCAAUGUGUUUGACUAGCUAAUCUUAUCAAUGUUGAAAUGUUUGUAGUUUUUAUGUUCUAAUGUUAUCGGUGUUGUUAAUGUUGAAACGGUCAUUAUUGACAUUAAUUUAAUUCUACAAACUGCAUAUCGCAUGACCUGUGAACUGUGUCCAGUGAUGUAGAUUUAAUAAAAUUUAAU